AUGUCCAGUACCAAAUCAAGAGCAAUGAGAGCUAAUAGAAGAGCCCAAGGGGAAAUUAUGCAAGAACAGAAUGCAGUACCAGCAGAAUCUUCCAUUGACGGAGUAGAUUUACCCCCAGACAAAGAACAGGAAGUAGGAGAAGACUCUGAUUCCGGUAGCAAACUAGAAGAUCAAAGAGAAGCAGAAGCUCAAGACAAACAGAGAAUCAAAGAAGACCAGAAUCCUUUGAACAAUCAACUCAACAAAGAAGAUUCACAACUAGAAUACAAAGCAAAUGAAUCCAACCCUGAAGCCUUGGAUGACCCCGCUCAAGAUUUCGUAGAGUCCCACAAGUCAGAUCCUUCAGACAAAGGAAGUACAUCUUUGAGCUCAUUGGACUCAGAAGACAAUACUGGAGAUUCAGACGACUUGGGAUCAUCAUACUCUUCAGAAGACUCAGACUCAGACCCUUCUACCCUGUCUUCUGGAUCAGACUCUAGCUCAAACUCUUCAGAAUCUGGCAACAGCUCUGAAUCUUCCUCUCACAGAAAGAAAGAAUCCAAAAGAAGGAAGAAGAAGUGCAAGACUGAAAAGCACAUGACCAAACUUUGUCAAACAAGUGGAGUCGUGGUCGUGGACUAA